AUAAUAUUGUUGCAUUAUAAAAUAGCAUUCAAAAUAUUGUUAUCUGUUGUUAGGGACGACGGGGACGUAGGGGUGAAAAGGGUAAUCAUGGGAGAUUUGGAUUCCCUGGUCCUCAGGGUCCCCCAGGGGCCAUUGGUCCCAAGGGAGAAAAGGGAGCAUUUGGUCUACCAGGUCAACAGGGACAAAAGGGGUCAGUUGGUGCACCAGGUCGAAAUGGAAUUGAUGGAAGAAUGGGAAUUACAGGGCCUCCAGGUAUCCCAGGUCAGAAAGGUGAUCCAGGUGUAACAGGUGACCCAGGUGUUCCAGGUAUGAUUGGGCCCCCAGGUUUACCUGGUCCACCAGGGGAACCUGGUAUUAUUGAGGGUGGAAGUGGAGAAGGGCUUCCUGGCCCACCAGGCCCUCCUGGACCAAUGGGACCAAUGGGACUCGAGGGCCCACCGGGUAUCAAGGGAGAUAUGGGACCACAAGGAAUAAAGGGAGAAGUAGUAAGUUAUUUUGUACACGUUAUGCAUGUUUAAUUGUUCACUCAUCCAAAUAGAGAUAUAAAACAGUUUGUAUAUUAGGAAUUAAAAUCUUCCAGCAUUAUUUUUCCUGAUUUAAUGCACUACUGUUCUUCUUUGGUGAAAGGUUUACAGUAACCAUCACUUUUUCAAGACCCAGGAUUUUUUUACCGAGUGUAAUUUUCAUUUCCAGGCAGUACUCUAUAAGGCCGUCUUUGGGAUUUUUUAUUCUGUGUAAUUUUAAUUUCUAGUAUUUCAAAGCAAUCUUAUUUGCCCCGCUCUACUUAUAACUUUAUAACUCAAAAUGAGGGGAAAGCUCAUUUAAAAUGUACCACAACAAACCGUAGAAAAUAUCAAUGAUCACAUGUCAUGCCCCUGACAUACUUAAGCAGAUCUUUCAUUAUCGAUAUCAGUCAUGUAUAAUUUGAAAUUCUCUGACACACCCACAAUAUUAUAUUAAAUGUUUAACCAGAACAAAGGUCAUUUUGUUACAUCAGGGUGAUACAUAUUUUAUUUUACCAAUGUAAUAUAUGAAUUAUUUUAUACAAAUGAUGUAAUAUAUUAUUUUACCAGAAUGAAAUGGGCAAUGUUUUAUCCAGGUGAUAUCUGUAUUAGUUUACCAUGGUGAUAUGUAACUUGUUUCACUGAGAUGAUACAUGUAUUAUUUCAUUGGGAUGACACGUGCAUUUUUUCAUCAGGUUGAUGUAUGUAUUAAUUUAUCAGAGUGAUAUUCGACUUCUUUUAUAGCGUGACAUACAUAUUAUAUUUAUAGGAUAACAUACGCAUUG